ACUACUCUACCUCUUACAAGUUUUUGCAGUGCUGCUAAUUCUUCUGUUAUCUCUUUUUCUCCCAUAGUGCUGCAGAAAGGAGGAGAAUGAAGGCAACUAACAAGAGGUUCCUCUUAACUCACAGCACAUCACUGACGUAGGCAGCUCAAGACAAGAAAGACAUGGUGUUACUAUAUGAAUAAACCUAUCUAGCUCUGCUCUGUAGCUGGAUAGCCAAGCAUUUUGGCCUCAAGUCACAUUCUUAAGCUUCUCCCUGGAUUCCAGCUUCCAAAAUACCAAAGUAUAAAUUCUCUUCUUUCUGCUUUGCUCUCCAGCUGUCCGACUCACCUUCUCCAGCAGCCAUGAGCAAGGAAGCUAGGGGAGCAGAGGGGAAGAGGUCCGACUGGAAGAACUGACACAGCCUUACUAACCACCUGGGCAGAACAGAAGUGAGACGAGCUUCUCAGGCCUCAGCAACUGACUGCUGACACACUCAGGAGAUGCUAUUGAGAAAAGGAGCCCCUCUCUACUGAGGAAGGCAAGGAGGAGAGACCGGGAAUAAAUGAACUGACCUGAACAGGACUGAAGCACUAAGAAUGGAAGCCACACAGAUUAAUAUGUCACGUGUCCCGCUGGUUAAUGGAGGCAUCAACACUGCGCUCAAGGCACACAGACCACGUGUGAUGUCCAAAAGUGGUCACAGCAAUGUGCGGAUAGACAAAGUCGAUGGCAUUUACUUACUUUACCUUCAAGAUUUGUGGACUACAGUUAUAGACAUGAAGUGGAGGUACAAACUCACCUUAUUUGCUGCUACUUUUGUCAUGACCUGGUUCCUCUUUGGAGUUAUCUACUAUGCCAUUGCAUUUCUUCAUGGAGAUUUGGAAAUAAACAAGUUCACCCCAAAGCGCGAGCCAUGCGUCAAGAACGUGGACUCUCUGACAGGGGCAUUCCUCUUCUCCUUGGAGUCACAGACGACCAUCGGUUAUGGGUUUCGUUUCAUUACAGAGGAGUGUCCUCAUGCCAUUUUCUUACUUGUGGCCCAACUGGUCAUCACCACCUUGAUUGAAAUCUUCAUCACAGGUACCUUUCUGGCCAAAAUUGCAAGACCUAAAAAAAGGGCGGAGACUAUUAAGUUCAGCCAUUGUGCUGUCAUUACUAAACACAACGGAGAACUUUGUUUAGUGAUCAGAGUAGCAAAUAUGAGGAAGAGCCUUCUGAUACAGUGUCAGCUGUCUGGGAAGCUUCUUCAGACAUAUGAAACUAAAGAAGGGGAGAGGAUCUUGCUGAACCAAGCCAGCGUCAAGUUCAAUGUUGACUCCUCUUCUGAGAGUCCUUUUCUCAUUUUGCCUUUAACCUUCUACCAUAUUUUAGAUGAAAGCAGCCCUUUAAGAGAUCUCACACCUCAAAACCUCAAGGAGAAGGACUUUGAGCUUGUGGUGCUCCUGAAUGCCACGGUUGAGUCCACCAGUGCUGUCUGCCAAAGCAGGACUUCCUACGUCCCGGAGGAGAUCCACUGGGGCUAUGAGUUCGUGCCUGUGGUUUCUCUCUCUCCAAAUGGAAAGUAUGUUGCUGAUUUCAGCCAAUUUGAGAAGAUCAGGAGAUGCACAGAUUCUACUUUUUAUAGUAUGGACUCUGAAAAACAAAAGCUAGAGGAGAGAUAUAGGCAGGAGGACCAGAGAGAGAGGGAACUGAGAACAAUGUUGUUACAGCAGAGCAAUGUUUGAUUGAAUGAACAGACUAUCCCGAUCAAUCCUUUUCCCAAACUGAAAAAGUAUCUUUUCUGUGUUGUAUGUCUGCUAUGAAACCAGCAGUGGAGUCCUUUUCAGUAGAUAGCUUUGGUGUAGAGUAAACCUAUCCCUUUGUUUGGCUAAGCUGCUAAUCAAGUAUUUUGUAAUUAGGUGGGAUUUCUUUGUCCAGUAUCUUGACUUAGCAAAGCUGGAUUUGUAUUAAGUCUCUGCCUUAUACCAUCAGUAAAAAUAGACAUACCACUUUCAAUUGGAAAGUGAAACUGGAUACACUGUGCUGGUUUCUUCAAAUAUUUAUUUGACAUGGUUUUACUGUGAACAUUCAAUCACAGAGACAGCACACAGUGCUGCCAGAAGAAAAUAUUCUCCUUUAAAAUGUAUAUUCUCAUAGCAGGUAUUGCCUUAAUGGGGAUUCCUGGCAUUGAAAAUAAAUUGAUGGGAGAGAAAAAUGGUUGAAUAUGGGAAGAGCCCGUAGGAAGGUGAUAAACUCCUUUGAAUCUUGAAGGAGGGUGGCAGACUAGUUGUGCUGGGAGGUGAUGAAGGGAGAUCUCUUUCUCUUUGCUACUCGGAACUUGUUUUGUGAUCACUCACUUUUUUAACCUUGUUAAUGGCUGAUUUAUAUAUAAUAGCUAAGAAGGGGAGACGAGGGAAAAUUACACAAAAUCAUAACAGUAAUCAACUAAGGUUAAAGCUGGCCUUGAGCCAUCUGUUUUUUAUCCAAUGUAAAUAGUUUGUAAUAGCAGCAUAACAAUACAUUUCUACAGAUUGCUUGCUUUGCUAUAGACCUUGUUUAAUUUUGGUUAAAAGAAAGCUGUAUAAUGUCUGUAGACA